UAAUAGAAUUUUUCAGUUGGCAUAAGAUCUCGUAGCUUACAUAUCACAAACAGCAAAAUGACUGACGAAUUAAAAUAUAUUGUUACUCAAAUAAACAACACACUUAAUACCGAAUAUAAUUUAAUAUCCUUCGACUCAAUGUCCGGAGAGGGUCUGCUUCAAGUUCUGGUUGAUAUUCUCGUGCACUUCAACGCAACGACCAAAUUUGAUGUGAAAUUCAAUGAUCGUGAAGACACAGUGCGACGAAUUUUGGAGGGACUGCAAAGGAUACAGUACAGACCACAUAUCGAAAUUUCCGACCCAACAUCUUUCCGUCGUAGCGUACAUCAUGGAGAUAAGAAAGUUAUCCACCCAAUUCUCCGAUAUAUUUUCGAUCACAAAGAGAAGAUUCAUCAGUUAACUUACUUAGCACGCUUUCUUUUACCUAUUUCCCUGCCUCCAGAGGCGAUGGCAAACCCCGAAAUAGCAAAUUUAUGGAAUGAAUACUUGCUUAUUCAAGAAGAAUUCAAACAAGCACAUAAAGGUCACAUUGAAUCGUCUAAGGAGACAUCUCACCUGAAGGAAUUGAGAAACGAUAUAAACGCAAUAGAGAUGGAAAAGGCAAAUGUGAAGAAGAGAAUCGAAAGAACUCAAGCCCGCCUGGACAAAGUACCUCAGCAGGAGUUAGUUCUAGAAGCUGCCCAUGCACUACGCCUGGAAAGGGAUCGGCAAAAGGAAUUGGAAGCUCAACUAGAAGACCAGAAGCAUAAUCUCCAUCGAGCGCAAACGAUGCAAGAACGACUUCAAAAGGAGUUAUCAAAUGCCCGAAUGGCUGCCCAGGGAACGUCAGCACAACAAAUGAUGGAAACGAUACAAGAGGAAACUCAGGUUAUGGAGUUCAUGGUUAAGCAGAAAUUGCCCAAUGAAAUGCGUAAUAUGCAAGAAGAAAUCAAAUUAUUAGAGGAAGUUAUUGAUGAGCCCAAUGUUUCAAAGGAUUAUUUGAACGACUUGCAGAUGAAGGUUGACAGUACUUCAAGGAAAAUUCAACAAUUCGUUGAAAAGCGCUUAUCCGAGCGAGGUGACCAUAAUGAUUCAUUGGUACCAUUUCGGCAGCAAGCAGCUCUCAUUGCUCGAAAUAAAGAGAUGGCCGCUGAACAACUGAACCAAGCUAACAAGGAGUUGAGAGAAGUGGAGACAAUUUUAAUGCAUAAACAAAAGCUCCUCAAAGACACAGUUGGAGAGAUAGUCCUGCGCGGCGAAGAUUUGAAACAAUAUGUGAACACACUACGAGCCAAAAGCUCUGUUUACAAACAGCAAAGAUCGGAGCUUGCAUCAAUUAGGGCCGAGGUUGCUGAUCUAACUCAGACAUUAGAGAAUCUGAAAGCUCAAGAUCCAACCCUCUCAUCAACUCUGCCUCAAGUUACAGAAGAAGAUUCAGCAUCAUUGGAUGGAUCCAUCUCUAGACCUGAUUCUCCGCUGGAAUCAAGAGGACUGACCGAGUUGUCGCGCUUAGUCGAAGGAUUAGUUAGGGCUGUUCAAACAGCUCGGAGUAGGGUGAUGCCGAUUUCACAGAAAAUGCGACCAUUGCGUGAACAUAUUGAUGAAUUGAAGGACGAGCGAGAUUCUAAGAAAAAUGCAUAUCUUACUUUAAGCGCUACAUUGGACUCCGAAGCCAAAGUCUUGGAAAAUGAGAAUUUGGAAACUGAAAAAUCCAUAAAAGAAUUGGAAAGCGAAUGGAAUCAUCUAAAGCUGGAAUACGAGCGUGCUGAAAACUUACUGGAGCGAGUUCGAGAUGAAAUGAAUAACAGAAGACCAGAAGGCGAGAUCCCAGUUAAGGAAUCACUGCAAAAUCAGAUUCGAGAACAGGAAAAUAAACUUAAAGACUUACAACUGGAACAAGAAGAGUUAUUUGAAAAUCAAGAUCAAAGGCUUGAGCAACAGAAGCUUUGGGAAGAUGUGAAGCAACUGAUGGAGGUUAAAAUCCAAUGUAUGCAGGAGGCUAAAGCUAAAGGACUAGGAGGAACAUUCUCUAUUGCGAAGAACUCUGAAACAUUUACUUUGCAUUAAAUACACUUAAGUGUACUGUUUCAACCAAUGCAUUAAAACAAAAGAGUAACCUAUGUA